UGUCGGCGCACCGAGGAGUGCAGCGCUCUUGGUGAGCCUGGCACCCGGAGUAGCCGUCUCCCCCUCCCCCUGCCAGAGCCGCUAGAAGCCCCCUGUCUUCUGUCCUCCCUGGACUAGGGCAAGCAGGGCUGUACUGUCCCAGGCCGGCGGGGCGGAGCCCGGAGCCCCACUGAGUGCUGCAGAGCCAACCUCACCUCCUGCCCAGGGCGCAAGGUGUGUGUGUUUUUCCUAACGCCACCCGGACUUUAGCCGACUUAACCUUUGUGAACCGCUGCCCCAUGCUGUGUUGAUGCUGGUCUGCCAUGCUAGCCUGUCUACCAGGGCCAGGUGACCUGUCCUUUCAGCUUCUCUCUCACACGCAGAUGAACACUGGACUUCAGAAAUGGGACACUACACAGAAAAUGAGAACUGCUCACUAUCCUACCCCAGCCGAAUUGGACGCGUAUGCUAAGAAGGUCGCAAACAACCCACUGACUAUAAAAAUCUUCCCCAACAGUGUGAAGGUUCCCCAGCGGAAACACGUUCGUCGUACUGUGAACGGCCUCGACACAUCAGCCCAGCGCUACAGUCCCUACCCGACUCAGGCUGCCACCAAGGCAGGCCUGCUUGCCAUUGUCAAAGUGCCAGCCAAAAGCAUACUCAAGGACUUUGACGGCACCCGAGCCCGGUUACUCCCUGAGGCCAUCAUGAACCCCCCGGUGGCACCCUAUGCUACUGUGGCACCGAGCACUUUAGCCCACCCCCAGGCCCAGGCUCUGGCCCGCCAGCAGGCCCUGCAGCAUGCACAGACCCUGGCCCACGCCCCUCCCCAGACACUGCAACACCCUCAGGGUAUACCACCACCACCACAGGCACUGUCUCACCCUCAGAGCCUCCAGCAGCCUCAGGGCCUGGGCCACCCACAGCCGAUGGCCCAAACCCAGGGCUUGGUCCACCCACAGGCCCUGACUCACCAGGGUCUCCAGCACCCCCCUAAUCCAUUGCUGCAUGGAGGCCGGAAGAUGCCAGACUCAGAUGCGCCCCCGAAUGUGACCGUGUCUACCUCAACUAUCCCCCUUUCGAUGGCGGCCACCCUGCAACACAGCCAGCCCCCGGACCUGAGCAGCAUCGUGCAUCAGAUCAACCAGUUUUGCCAGACGAGGGCAGGCAUCAGCACUACCUCAGUGUGUGAGGGCCAGAUCGCCAAUCCCAGCCCUAUUAGUCGCAGUCUGCUCAUCAAUGCAAGCACCCGGGUGUCGACCCACAGCGUCCCCACACCAAUGCCUUCAUGUGUGGUCAAUCCCAUGGAGCACACCCAUGCGGCUACAGCCGCACUGCCUGCCGCAGGUCCUGUCAACCUGCCCACAGGCAUCUCUCGAGCCCCCACUGGCUACCCUAGCGACCUCAAGCCAGUUACCUGGAACCAGCACCAGCUGGCCCACCUACAACAGAUGUGCAGUGAAGCUGGUGGCACACCAGCCCCUGGCCUGACAGGCAAACAUACAGCAGGACGUGAGUUGGCGGGGCCUGGUUUUGUGGGCAAGGCCCCUGCCUACCCACAGGAACUCUGCCUGGCACAGUCCUUCCAUCUGAAGCCUUCCCUGGAGAAGCCGACCCCAUCCCCACCUGUGAACGGCCUACCAGCCCCACUGGCCUAUCCCAAUGGUCACUACUUCCAACCCCUGUGGAACAACAUCCUACCAACUCCCAAUAGCGACAGCUCGGGGUCUCAGGACCUCGCCAUGCCCUUCCAUGGUGGGCAGCCCACAGGUGCACCCCUCGACUGUGCGGCAGCUCCUGGGGCCCACUACCGAGCGGGAACUGGGGGUGGGCCAGUGGCAAGCCAGAACAGUCUGAUGCAAACGGUGGAUUACCUGAGUGGGGAUUUCCAGCAGGCCUGCUUCCGAGAACAGAGCCUGGCCAUGUUGAGCAAGGCCCACCGAGCCCCUGGCACCCGAGCCCCUGAUCCCACAGAUAGUCGAAGUCUUCAUAUUCAGCACCCAGGGUAUAGAUAGGGAGCUGUGAUGUCCUCAGGCAACACGUCAUACAUUGCCCUUCUAGGUUUAGUCUUACUUUUAAGUAACUGGGUAGUUUCAAAGUCUCACUGCUCCAGUGUGAUCAUCCUUAGAUACCUAAGGAAGGGAACUUGGCGGGGUCUCUUUAGGGGCAGAAGAAGGUCCUUUACCCUCCUCUCAAACAACUCGUGGCUUUCUGUUAGACCCAAACCUGGGGUCUCAGCCACCUGCCUAUCAGUCAGUCUCCACCUUGACCACUUGUUACUCUGGCCGUCUUGCUAAGACUGAGUAUGGCUGAGGGAAGGGGCCUAGAGCCUUAAGUUCGACUUCUCUGGGACUAAGAAGCCAGACUUUCUAAGUGCUCUGGAAGCUAAUUCUUUAUUCCCCCAAAGAUGUCAAAUCAGAAUAAACAGUUUCCAUCUUUCUCA